AUGCAGGCGUCAGCGAAAAAUGUGCGCGGCAGUUACAGUGAGGCAAUGAAGAAAAAGAAGGAAAACAUUAUAAUCAUCAAACCGAAGAUUCAGCAAGAAAGUGAGACCACUAAAAAGAUAAUAAAAGAAAAGGUUGAUAUUAAGAAUAACCUAAUGGGGAUAACGAAGGUACGAAAAGGAAGAAAAGGAACAGUAAUUCUAGGAUGUGAGACCGGAGAAGAAAUAGAUAAAUUAAAAGAUGUAGUACAGUCUAAACUAGAUGACAAUUAUAAUGUUACAGAAUCACUACAAAAGAAGACGAAAAUAAAAAUUGUUAAUAUUAACGAGGAAGAAAUAGAGUUGGAUGACGAUGAGCUAAUAGAUACAAUAAAGAAACAGAAUAGUAUUGGUGAAUCUCGUAUAAGCAUAGUUAAGAAAAUCCCGAAAAGAGAAAAUAUGGAUGAUAGUCAAUCUAGAAGGAAAGGAAAAGAAGAUAGAUCUUUAAUAAUUGAAGUAGAUGAAGUAACACAUGAAUUGAUGUUAAAAAAAGAAAAGUUGAAUAUAGGCUGGAGAAAAUGUCCUGUGUUCAAUCACUUUAGCAUAAAGAGAUGUUUCAAGUGCUGGAGAUUCUACCACAUUGCAAAAAACUGUACGAGGGAUGAAACGUGUCAUAAAUGUACAGGAAAGAAUAAAGCAAACGAUCAUGAUGCUCUGGAUCCGGAAUGCCCGACAUAUAAGAGAGCUAUCGAAGAGGAGAAGAGGAGAGGUGGAUGUUUAAUGGCACAUAAGGACGAGAUACAGCAUCAGAUUGCGAAGAAAUUAAAUCCGGAAGUUAUUGCAUCGUCGGAGUCGAGACUGAUUGCGGAAAUUGAAGACAGUGAAAUAAGUGUAUCGGGAUACAGUGUGGUUAGAUGCGACGCGGAAAAUAGAAAUACAGAGGGGGUUGCUCUGUAUGUAAGAGACGAUAUCAAGAUCUUCAAUCAUUCUAUACGCUCCUGCACAUAUCCUGAUAUCUGGAAGAUGGCAUACAUAGUACCCCUCAAUAAAUGCGCUGAACCUCGGUCCGUCUCGGAUACUAGGCCUACUGCCAACUUAUGUCAUAUGGCUAAGAUCUUCGAUAAGAUCAUCGCUGGCCAGAUCACUGGAUUCAGACCGGAGCAUAGUACUCAGACCGCCCUGCUAUAUCUCACCGAUACCAUUCGACUUGGUAUUGAAAAUGACCUUAUAACUCUCGUUACCUUGUUCGACUUUAGCAAGGCUUUUGAUUCAAUCAAGCAUGAGGCACUGUUGGAGGCCUUAUGCUUGUUGCAUUUCUCGGCUGAGGCUAUUAAAUGGACCUACUCGUACAUUACCGGUCGUUCUCAGGCUGUUAUGAGGGGCGACAAGGCGAUGGCAGAGUUCCUUCCCGUUACAUCCGGUGUUCCGCAGGGAUCGGCGCCUGGGCCGAUACUCUUCCUCAUACUAGUUAACUCGCUUCCGACCGUAUUGAAGUACUCUAAGUUCUUGUAUGCUCUUUUUGCUGACGAUUUGCAGUUGUUUGUGCAGUGCCCAGUGGGAUUAAUGGAUGAGGCUGUCUCGCGCAUGACCGAAGAUGCACUUGAGGUUUCUAGGUGGGCGGAGGCUCAGGGUCUUCGUCUAAACGCCAAUAAGAUGAAGGCGAUUAUAUUCGGUAGUAGGCAGAAUCUAUCAUUUGUUGGGUCGCGGACCCUUCCGCAUGUAGUUGUCGAUGGACAGCGGGUGGAAUUUGUCGAUUCUGUGAGGAGUCUCGGAGUGACGUUAUCUUCCGACCUGUCCUGGGUUCUCAUAUCUCGUCUAUUUCGACCAGGGUUUAUGGCGCGUUGUACGGCCUCUGGCAGCGAGCUUGGCUUAUCCCCCGGGAUAUCAAGAAGCUCCUGGUGCAAUCGCUGGUAG